GGCUGGGCCUACAGUCGGCGCUUAGGCUGGAGGGAGUUUCUCUUGAAAAGCUCCUGCAGUUUGUGGAGAUUUUCAGCAGGGAUACAUGCAUCCUUUUCUAUUCCAUCUGAAGGAAAUACCUUUACUUUCAAAGUGGUUUUCGAGGGCUACUAUGCGUGGUUUCAGCCGGGAACUGAGGUUUGCAGUUCCCUGGGGCCACAUUGCAGCCAAAGCCUGGGGGCAUCCCAACAGGUGUCCUGUGCUGUGCCUGCAUGGCUGGGCGGAUAAUGCAAACUCUUUUGAUCGACUCGUUCCAUUGCUCCCAGAAGAUUUUUAUUACAUGGCGCUGGACCUUCCUGGACAUGGUGCCUCUUCACACCGCCCCCCUGGUGUACCGUAUUACUUCCCUGAAUACAUCUCGGAUGUGCUGAGAAUAGCAGAGAGCUUAAACUGGAAGAAAUUCACCAUCUUGGGUCACAGCUUGGGGGGCAAUAUUGGAGGACUGUUCUGCUCCAUUUUCCCAGAGAUGGUGGAUAAACUGAUUGCGGUGGACGCAUACGGGUUUUAUCCAUCCACUGCAGGCGCUCAACGAGAACAACUUAAGAAUGCAAUCAGUGGGCUUUUAAAACUGGAGAAGGAGCAGGGUUCGCCCAGAGUGUAUACUCCGGAUGCAGCUCUGAAGAGGCUUUUGCAAGGAAAUAAAUCGGUAUCAAAGGAAAGUGGCAAAAUCCUGCUUCAACGGGGAUCCACAGAGGUACCUGGAGGGCUUAUGUUCACCAGAGACUUGAGAAUCAAUCUGCACACUCCUGUAAGGAUCACCGUUGACCAGUGUCUAGAGUUUCAAAAGAAUAUCACAGCAGCUGUACUCCUUAUCAUGGCAGAUGAUGGGCUGAUUAAGGACGAAAAGUGGAAUCUCAGUCGCCCGCCAUGCAGUCUCUUACUGGAGGGAUACCGGAAUGUCUUGAAGCAGAGGGCUUUUGACUGGGUCCACACAGGAUGUUAGUAGAGAAACCAAGGACUGCAGAUGCUGAAAUCUAGAUGAAAAACACUAUGAUGCUGGAGGAAAUCAGCAGGCCAGGCAGCAUCCGUGGAGAAAAGCAGGCGGUCAAUGUUUUCAGGUCAGGACCCUUCAGUCCUGAAGAAGAAGAUCCAGCUGGUGAAGUACCACAGGCAUCUGUGAGCUGUUUCAUUGAUUCGGCUGAGGGGACCAAAUGUAACUUUUUCAAGAGGAAUAUUGAGGUUCAAAGGCUUCAAGGAGAUGCGCAUAAGCUGGGUGAGAGGGCUCAGUACAGCAGAUGGAGGUUAUCCACUCUGAUAGAAAAGACAGAAGAACAGAAUAAUUAUUUUUUGAAUGGUGAGAGACUGGGAAAUGUUGAAGUUCAAAGGGUGCCCUUGGACAUAAAUCCUGGAAGCUAACAUGCAGGAGAUGGGGAUAAAUGAACAGUUUGUUGCAUUUUAUUGCUAAAGGAUGAGAACAAUUGAAUAGAGCCAUGGUGAGACCACAUGUGGAGUGUUAUGAACUCUUUAGGUCUUUUUACCAAAAAUAGUAUUGUUGCAGAAAGAGUGCAGUGAAGAUUCACCAGACUGGAUCCUGGGAUGGUCGGUUGCUCAUGUGAGGGCCGAUUGAGUCAACUGGGCCUCUGUUCUAUAGAGCUUGGAAUGAGAGAAGACCUGUUUCUUAGAGGGCGUGACAGGGGAGGUAACCCUGGCCAAUGAGGCUAAAACUGGUCUCAAAAUAAGGGGAAGGCCACAUGAACUGGAGAA